CGUCAAUGGCGGGGGCCGGAGCAGGAAUGGCAUCGACGGCGCCAGGAGCGAUGAAUAUGGGGACUAUGGGGCCGAUGGGAAUGGCGUCCAUGGCGCCGAUGGGUGGCGGAAUGGCCGCGUCCAUGGCGCCUGGUGCCUACGGCGCUUCGAUGUCACCAGCGAUGGCGUCGCGGAUGGGCGCCACGAUGCCCGCAUUCGGCGAACAACCGCAGCAAGCUUUCUCUCCUGCUGCUCCACUGAUGGAUGCUUCCCUCGCGGCCGCGUUUCUGCAAGGCCAACCUCCGUCCCCCGGAUCCAAUCGACCCCCGCCGAUCACGCCAGGGCCGGUGUCUCCGGUCCGGGUGAAGACGCUCCCCGGCCGGGGGGACCUGAUGAAUCUUCUCGCGACGUUUUACCCGGACGAAGAAGAGAAGCUAACGGAGCGGGAGUCCGUCAGGGUGCUGGUCAAGAACCUGGUCGAGAAGAAAGCGUCGAAUCACCGCUUCCCGCUCGACUGGCUUUCCACCGUCGCGAAACGGCAGAAACCCCGGGCCAUCCGGGAGGAUGAGUUGGGACAAAUGAACCAACUGGAAGAUUUGUACUAUCACAUGAAGCACGAUGGGAAGGACGGGUUCAAGUUGGACAAGAACGAGUUGCUGGUCGAGGGGAGCUUCCGUAUGCUGGAAGAUUUCUUUUUUCUUGAUACGUUUUUUUCUUGUUCUGAAAGAAUCUUGCUAAGGCUAAUUGUAGGUAGUUGUCCCACGAUGUUUGUAGUAGUUGUCGUUGUUGAUGCAAAGUACCGGAACUACUCCGAUUUGAAAAAGAAUAAAAACUCACGACGUUCUUGUUCGAAUCUGAAAUUUCAGAUGGUUUUCUCCCGAACGACAUGGUCCAAGUCCAGCGGCUUGACCCCGAUCCAGCGGAUCUCAACGGCUGCAACGUCACACUUGUCGGGAUCAAAAUGAACGAGCAACCCUGCACAGUUGAACUCCUACCCCAAGAUGACAAGCACAAGCACGUCGGCGCCACCGGUUCUUUGGUCCGGCUCAACGCGUAUCGGCUGCUAACUGCCCGCUGUCGCGAGGAGCUGAACAUGCUGGAAACUUCCCAAGCGGACGUUUUGUUCACGCACAGUGGGAAGAUCGGGCGCGUUGAGAGUGUCGGACACGGACCGUACCAGCCGUGGCGGGUGAGGCUAGCGGCCGUCACAGCGGAGGAGGACGAUGUCGUCGUCGAGGCGUUCCCGAUUUUGCUCAGUAAGUGGAUCGAUGUUGGGGACUUUGCGCACAUGGCGAAUCUUGCUUCGGGGGACAACACUGGAAUAACGACCUUCGACUUCGUCAACGGUGGCGCAAGCACGAGCCAGGCCGGACCGACCAGAGUGGUGCAGGUGUUGGAACAGGAAGUCGACGAAGCGGGGAGAGAUAUUCUUACCUGCAUCGAAGUCGACGCACAGGACUUGAUGGACGAGGAAGGAGAAGAUGUUGACCCCGCAGGCGCAAUAAGCGAAUCGCAGCUCGCGUUCGGCGCUGGUGCGACGCGCGUAGAUCAGAUCGAGGGAACGGAGUCGAAAAACAAGCAGCCGCGGCAAUUCGGGAAAUCCUUCAAGUGCUUCCCGGGCGAUUUGAAGUACUACCCGCGGGUAGGCUCGACGGUCUGGGUCUCUUCUGGAACCAAAAAUAUGACCGGAAAGGAGCAGGCUUCUUCCCCGGGGAAGAAGCAAAGGAGACCACCCGCGAACGACGAUUUUCUGCGGGGCGUGGUCUUGGCGGGUUACCCAGGCGCGUAUUUCCAGGUGCAAGUGACGCGGGACCUGGUCACGGCGAUCAAGGUGAUACACCUGAACCAAAUCGAACGCUACGACCCGUCGUCGGAUCUGGAGGAACCGGCUGUGCAGGAGGUACUGUUGAAAAUGAUAGUAUGAUUUCGAAAUUUGAUAUGAUUUCGAAAUUUGAUAUCUAAUUGUCUUUGCCUCCUUCCUUCCUCUUCAUUGUUUUUUGCGUAGCACGCUAAGUUCCAUUCCACAGGCAGAAAAUCAAGUGCAAGGAAAACGAGAAAAUUUAAUAUUUGCUACUAACGAUGUAGUAUUUACCAUUUAGUUUUUUGUUUUAGUUUACUUCAAAUGCUUAAAAGAUGUAUCUCUACUAAUAGUAUAGGAGUUUGGAUGUGCUUGGGUUUCCUCAGUCGCUCUUUAGAAGUGAAAUUACUUCUUGGCUCUUCACUCGAAGCCUUGCUUCUCAAGUCAACGUCAAAGAACCAUUCUUGUUUUGCUUUCUUCUCUCCUCAGGUCCACUGCCUCACAACCAACCUGGUCAAUUCCCUCCUCAACGCCGGCAGUUUCGCUCGCGUGAUCGGCUACGAAGCGACAGAACCUGCCCUGGAAAGCAAGAAAGUUCGCGUUAUGCGCGAAGACCCGCGGGAGCCGGGGGUUUUCUUUGUAACCCUACCACCCGAAUCCCUCACAGCCGCUCUGCGGGAGCAAAACAACGCGAUGGUCUGGCGGGUCCCCGACCAACACUUGGACAAAAUUCGCGAUCCCAAGGCGAAAUUUCUCGAGGGCGAGAAGGUCAAGCUGAAGGAUAUUGACGGGUUAGAGCAUAGAAUCGCACGGAUAAAGACGCUCGAGGACGCAAGGCACGUCUGGGUAAAAUUACAAGAUGGAAAGAUCUUGCGCGACGGGCUGACGACCAAGAAUAUCAUCAAAGCAGGUAAUAUCGUUCAUUGCGAGACUGCUUGUCAGUUUCUUCUUUUGUCUGUUCUUUUGAUUAUUACGACGCUACUUCCAUGAACAUGAUUACAGUCAUGAUGAAGAACAAGAACAUCAAUUAUCAAACGCUUCUAAAAACAGAGCAAUUCGUCCGCGAGUUGGAGGAACUAGGUCCGAUGGAGCGCAGCAAGGUGUUCGAAGCGGAGGCGAAGGAGCUCGCGGCCCUGUACGACUUGCAGCUGCAGGAAAUCAGCGCGUGUCAACAACUGCUCCUCCAGGACCAGGAACGAUUUUCCUACUUGCUCGCCUCGGCGCAACAAAGGGUGAGGAACAAGCAGGGAACCGUUAAACCCCUGUACUACGAAAAUGACGAGUUUGAGGAACUCCUGCCGGUGUUGAAGGCCGGCUUGGAUUUCCGCAUCCAGGAACUUGUCGAAGACGGACGCCGGAUCGAGCGAACGGAAGAACGCUUAAGGCGGAAAAUAUUCCUCGCGAUCCAGGAGUACGAAGUCGCGCUGUUGUGUUCCACCGGCCUGGUCAGCAAUCCAGUCCUCCUGAAGCGCAUGCGGCAGCAGGAGCGGGUACUGAACCGACAGCAAGAGGCGCUAGAUUGGCUGCGGUUCGACCGAGAUUUGGCCGCUGACGAAGCGAAACGGUUGCGCCGGGAAGCCUGCGAGCCACGGAAUCUACCGCACAUCGACACUAUCGCGGCGAGCACGGUCGAGGGGUUUCCGAUUUUCACGAAUUCAUCUGCGGGAUGAAACUACGUGGGUGCAACAGGAUGAGACCAAAGGAAGAAAUGAACUUUGAAUUUGAUGCACAUUGAAACCCUUCUACUUCUUACACUAAAGAAAAACCUUCGAAGAAGCUGAUUUAUGUAAGUUAUAUUUUGCGCUUUAUUGUUUACAUGAUUCUACUCAACACAACAUCCGAUGCAAUGAAUUCAACAUGAGCUGUCCCUCGUGCAGCCAUCGAAUGAGCAGUUUGAGCUGAAGCCAUCCAAUUUCUGAAUACUUCGAUUUUAUUGCCGACGCCAACCAACGCGACUAAUUUUGUUUACACGCUGAACGCAGGACGG